ACCGCCCACUAGUGGGAAUCCACCUAUAAAGACAGCCUUGAACCCGAGGGAUUGACAUUCAAACACCAGAGCUCAGGGAGUAAGGAUGCCUGCAUCGCCAACAGGGUUUGGAAACUUCUUCAUGGACAGAAACAUCAACAUGCCCACUGGAUAUCAAUUAUUGGGCUGUCCACCUAGAAUGCAACAGCCACCUCCACAUCUGGUGGGCAUGGGUGGGGUGCCCUUACCUUUCACAGGAAUACCAGGGUACAGCUUCAUCCCUUAUCCCCAUCUGGGACACAUGGCACACAUUAGCAAUUCCUAUGACCUGAAAGCUGCAUCUUAUCAUCAAGCUCUACUCGGUCACGGACGCGGAGGACCCUAUUACACUCCCUAUCGCCCCAUGCCUGCUGAUUACCCCAGCCGGGUCACCAAGGUCGCUACCCGGGAGAGCACCACUGCUUUGAAGGCCUGGCUCAGCGAGCACCUCAAAAACCCAUAUCCCACCAAAGGCGAGAAGAUCAUGCUUGCCAUCGUCACCAAGAUGAGCCUCACGCAGGUGUCGACGUGGUUCGCCAACGCCCGACGCCGCCUUAAGAAGGAGAACCGGGUCAGCUGGGCUUCCAAAGGAAAGUCUGAUGAGGAGGAUGAUGAAGAGGAGGGUGAGAGCGAAGAGGAAGAGUCCUUGCGGAAGGGCUGCACAGAGGAUGAAGAUGAGAUUGAUCCUCAAACAGUUGAUGAGGAGGAUAUAGAGGUGUCAAAGUCCCUGGAGCAGCGUUUAGCAGAAGGACUAGAAAAGUCUGAAACAUCGGAAAAGUCUGAAACACCACGUGAAACCAAAAGAGAGGCAUGUAAGCAAAAUGCUGAUGUGCAAAAACCCAAAAUCUGGUCUCUUGCGGAAACCGCCACCUCAGAUAAGAAGCCCAACGAGUUGAAACAUCUUCAUAGCCAGAGUCCAGACUUUGGGAAAUGGUGGGAUGGUUGGCCUUCAAGGGACACCUACUCACCUAUAAACCUCUCCACACAUGACCUUCUCAAACAAAGUCAUUGA